AGCGGAUUGAAGCCUGGCACCGGCCGGCCUGUAAUGGCGGCUGCCGCGGCCCGGCUGCCGUGUGUGUGAGCAGCUCGCAGAGCCCGCGGCCCCGCGCUCCCCCGGCCGGGCCCCCGUCCAUGGUGGCGCCGUGGGCCCGCGAGAGCAGCAGGUGCUUGAGGCCGGGCGAGCCCGAGCCAGAGCCGCCGCCCGGGCCCCCCGCCCUGCCCGCGGCGCCAUGAGCGAGGCGUUGUACGAGAAGUUCCUGGCCCCGGACGAGCCCUGCCCGCUGCUCUGCCACCAGCCCCCGCCGCGGGCCGGCAGCCUGAGCGAGGAGGGCUGCCUGGAUGUCAGCGACUUCGGCUGCCAGCUCUCGUCCUGCCACCGCACCGACCCGCUGCGCCGCUUCCACUCCAGCAGGUGGAACUUGACUUCUUGUGGAACAAGUGUAGCCAGCUCAGAAUGCAGCGAGGAGCUGUUUUCAUCAGUUUCAGUUGGUGAUCAGGAUGACUGCUACUCUCUAUUGGAUGACCAGGAGUUCACAUCUUUUGAUCUGUUCCCAGAGGGUAGUGUCUGCAGUGAUGUCUCCUCUUCUAUUAGCACCUACUGGGAUUGGUCAGACAGCGAGUUUGAGUGGCAGUUGCCUGGCAGUGACGUUGCAAGUGGGAGUGAUGUACUUUCUGAUGUCAUACCUAGUAUUCCAAGCUCUCCGUGCUUGCUUCCAAAAAAGAAAAACAAGCAUAGGAAUCUUGAUGACCUCCCGUGGAGCGCGAUGACAAAUGAUGAACAGGUUGAAUAUAUUGAAUACCUGAGUCGGAAAGUCAGUACUGAGAUGGGUCUUCGAGAGCAACUUGAUAUCAUUAAAAUUAUUGAUCCCACUGCUCAGAUCUCGCCUACUGAUAGCGAGUUUAUUAUUGAAUUAAACUGUCUCACAGAUGAAAAAUUGAAACAGGUGAGAAACUAUAUCAAGGAGCACGGUCCUCGACAACGCUCUGCACGGGAAAGCUGGAAGAGAAGCAGCUACAGUUGCGCAAGCACCAGUGGCGUGAGCGGUGCAAGUGCCAGCAGUAGCAGUGCCAGUAUGGUCAGCUCAGCAAGCAGCAGCAGUUCCAGCGUUGGCAACUCUGCUUCAAAUUCCAGCGCCAACAUGAGUCGAGCGCACAGUGAUAGUAACUUAUCCACCAGUGCUGCAGAGAGAAUCCGGGAUUCAAAAAAACGUUCUAAGCAACGGAAGCUCCAGCAAAAGGCUUUACGCAAGAGACAGCUGAAAGAGCAGAGACAGGCUCGUAAGGAAAGACUGAGCGGAUUGUUUCUUAAUGAAGAAGUGCUCUCUUUAAAAGUGACUGAGGAGGACCAUGAAGGAGAUGUGGAUGUUUUAAUGUGACAGGGAUGAAUUUAUCAGUGUUCUUUCUAAGCCUUAAGUGUAUUAUCUUUGUUUACAUACGUUUCUUGACCAAAAUUUUGAUUAGGACAGAGCUAACAAUGUAUCAAACAGAACCCUCUAUUGAGUAUAAUUUUAAUAAUUUGAACAUUUAUAAUUUAUUAGAGUGAGCUAACUCUUUAAGACUAACAAUUUUGUCUAAGAUUGAGACUGCAACAGACAAUUUCACAGUGACUUUAACAAGCUGCUGAGAAGAUACUGUCUAAAAAAUAAGCCACUGAAUUAGGUUUGUAUGGUAUUUGGUUUCAAGAAGCUAACUGCAAUGGAUUGUUCUGUUAAAUAGGUUGGUACUCGCUUAAACACACUGAUACUGAUAGCAAACUUUGAAAAAAACUGAUUCUAAAUAGGAAAUCACACCUUUAUCUUGUUCUGUGGGUUCCCUUAUUUCUUAUUAGGAGGUUUGUUUUCAUGAAAACAGGAUCUUAGUUCUAUAAGUUACUCUGUUCUUGCCCCUCACCAUAUCAAAUCCUAAUACUUCAUGAAAUUAAAUUGGAUUUUUUGGAAAUUAUGGUUAUGAUUUCACUUAAAGAAUUAUGAAGUCAUUGGGAAGUAAUAAGCAGAAGCAACUUCUCACCACAAAAACCUGUAAUGCAAAUGUCAGCUAGUAACAAAAUGUAGUAGAAAAUGGUCAUUUUCAAAAGUAGAAUUUUUUCUAGGAGGAAUUGGCUGUUCUUUAAGAUGUAAAACUUAGUCUCUAAAAGGUUAUCUUGCUCCUCAAUAUUUGAAUGAUUAGUUUUUUGGUUCCUUUGAUAGUUUUAUUUAUGUUAUUAAUGGUUAAUCAGUACAUCCUCUUUCUUGAUGUUAAGAAAAAAAACAACCCUAAAAAAUGAAAAUCUCAUACAUUACACUAAUAUCUAUGGUUCAGUCAUAGGAUACCAUUCAUAAAAAAAAGUCUUAAAAAGUGUUACUGGAAACCAAAGUGCAAACAACUGAUGUCCAGACUUGCUAGAUAUUUCUUUGUGGCCAAAACCAUAUGUAAGAAUAACUAUAUGCUGUUGUUGUUGGCAAGAGAACCUAAUUAUUGAUGCAGCAUUGUGUUUUAACUGUAUGCUGCCAGUUUAUUUACCACUUGCAGGAUAGUUUAAGGUGACUGAACUUUUUUAGGAGGUGUUGUAUCAUUGCUAAUCUAACUCACAGAGUGCUGGUUUUGUUAUAUAGCCUUUUGAAUAAGUGUUGCUGAGGAGAACAAGACACACCUUUUAGUUUUUACUUCUGCACCUGGAAACUCAAAUUGAGAUGAUUUUAUUCUUGACAAUUAGUAAAUGAAUUCCUGACUUUAUUAUGGAAA